UGUCCCCUCCGAGGAUCCGAGCCGGGAUUAAUCGCGGAGGUUUCCAAGUCCAAAAAGAUACUCCUUUCCCCAUCCAACGCCGAAUCCGCGAUGGGCAAGCCGUCGCUGAAGAAGAAGCGGGGCGGCGGGGCGGGCCACAAGGCCUCGGACCACGGGGCCAAACCCUCCACCCUGGACCGCUCGGGCUCCAAGGUCCUCGACGGCGACGAGACGAUCUUCGCGGAGAUGGCGCGGGAGCUACGGGAGGAGGGGAACAAGCUGUUCCAGCGGCGCGACUACGACCGGGCCCUCCUCGCCUACGAGAAGUCCCUCAAGCUGCUCCCCUCCCCCGCCACCGGCCCCGCCGCCGCCGCCGACGUGGCGGGCCUGCGCAGCAACCUGGCGGCGUGCUACAUGCAGAUGGCCCCGCCCGACCACUACCGCGCCGUCAACGAGUGCAACCUGGCGCUGGACGCCGCGCCGCGGUACGGCAAGGCGCUGCUCAAGCGGGCGCGCUGCUUCGAGGCGCUGGGGAGGCUGGAUUUGGCGGCGCGGGAUGUGGAGAGGGUGCUGGCGGCGGAACCGGGGAAUCUCACGGCCGUGGAUUUGGGGGAGAGGGUGAGGAGGGCUAUGGUGGAGAAGGGGUUUGUGGUGGAUGAGAAGGCUGUGAUGCAGACGCCUGAGGAGGUGGUGGCGGCGGCGCCCAAGCAGCAGAAGCCGCGGAAUAAGAAGAAGGGGCGCAAGGCUGCCGCUAAGGCUGCGGCGGCGGCCGUGGAGGAGGAGGGGAACCCAGCAGCUGCGGAGCCCGCGCCGGCUGCGCCCGAGGAGGAGCCGCCGAGGCAAGUGAAGCUGGUGUUCGGCGAGGACAUCCGGUGGGCGCAGGUGCCGGCGAGCUGCGGCAUGGCGCAGCUGCGGGAGGCGGUGCGCGGCAAGUUCCCCGGCCUCAAGGCCGUGCUCGUCAAGUACCGGGACAGGGAGGGCGACCUGGUCACCAUCACCAACCAGGACGAGCUAAAGUGGGCCGAGGAGCUGGUCGACCCGGGGAGCUCCCUCCGGCUCUACGUCACCGAGGCCGACCCCGAGCACGAGCCCUACCUCGAGGACGCCAACAGCGGCUCGCUCGUCAACAACACCUCGGACAACGGAAGCAUCAGGAGCAACAACAGGCAGGAUGAGGACAGGAGCACCGUGACUUGCAUCGAUGACUGGAUCGUGCAGUUUGCUCGCCUUUUCAAGAACCACGUCGGGGUCAGCUCCGACGAGUACCUGGACCUCCAUGAGGUCAGUAUGAAGCUGUACACUGAGGCCAUUGAGGACACGAUUACUAGCGACGAGGCCCAGGAGGUGUUCCAGCUUGCCGAGGGGAACUUUCAGGAGAUGGCGGCGCUCGCGUUCUUCCAAUGGGGUAAUGUUCACAUGUCUCGGGCUAGGAAGAGGCUGCUCUUGCCGGAAGACUCGACCAAGGAAUUAGUGCUUGAGAAAGUGAAGGAAGCCUACGAGUGGGCAAAGGAAGAGUACAGUAAGGCGGGGAAGAUGUACGAGGAAGCUGUAAGGGCCAAGCCGGACUUCUUCGAAGGUUUCCUCGCACUUGCACACCAGCAGUUUGAGCAAGCAAAGCUGUCGUGGUACUACGCUGUCGGUAGCAGCACGGAUCUGGACACGUGGCCUUCCUCUGAAGUCCUGGAGCUCUUCAAUAGAGCCGAGGAUAACAUGGAGAAGGGUACGGAAAUGUGGGAGGAGAUAGAAGAACAGCGCCUGAAGAACCGAUCUAAACCAAGCCAGGAGAAUGCUGUGCUGGAGAAGAUGGGCAUGGAGGAGUAUAUCAAAGAUGUGUCCACGGAUGACGCGGCUGAACGGGCUUCCAACAUGAGGUCUCAGAUUAAUAUUCUGUGGGGCAUGUUACUUUAUGAGCGCUCAGUUGUGGAGUUCAAAUUAGGACUUCCAAUGUGGGAGGACUGUCUGAUGGCAGCAAUUGAAAAGUUCAAACUUGGAGGAGCUUCAGCUACAAACAUUGCUGUGUUGGUGAAAAACCACUGUGCAAAUGAAACUGCCCAAGAUGGUUUGGGCUUCAAUGUUGAUGAAAUCGUGCAAGCCUGGAAUGAGAUGUAUGACAUUAAACGGUGGCUACGUGGUGUUCCAUCGUUCCGUCUUGAGCCAUUGUUUAGGCGGAGAGUUCCGCAACUGCAUACUGCACUGGAGCAUAUAUAGUAUGUAUGAAGUUGCUCCGACGUAUUAAAUAUCGGGGCAACUUUACCUAUAUCAAUUUUCUCUUUUAGGUCAAUGGCUUCUUGGUAUACAAUACAUGGAUUUGUUCGUUCCAUUUUUUAUACAUCGAAGAGUCUGCUUCCCUGCAUUUUUUUUACAUCGAAGAGUCUGCUUCCCGGUGGCGAAGCUAUUCAUUGCGGAGGGGUGGAGCCCGUCCGCGAUCUUCAUAUGUUGGUUGGUGUUUUCCUAGUCUGUCUUGUUCUUCGUGCACAGGAAGCUGCGCUUUGUUACUAGUUUAGAGCUUCAUUUGUGUGUGACAUAGUAAUCUGCUGUUUCGAGGAUAGAUUGGUCGCAUACUCUAUUUGUUUCGCGCUGUUUGUGAUACCUUAUAGGCAUGAUGCAUGUUUUGUAAACUCAGUUGGGGUAUUAUAAUGUGAUUACAGGAUUCCAUAGAA